GUGAUUACAAACUUGUAAAUGGGACGCUGUGCUUUGGCCGAGUGCAGGGUUGCCUGCAUGGACACAAUCUUUGCACUUGUAGUCCAGUGUGACUUGUUGAGCCAUGCCAUCUUGAAAUUCAGACCGAAACAACUCUGCUCUUCAGCGUUUUGGACUUCAUGACACAUUUCUUAAAUGGCAGAGGAGGUUUUGAUUCCACCGGCUGGGAAAAUAACAGCGCAUCUGACUGGCUCGCUGCUGGCCGUGGCAUUUCUAACUUCCUUUGGGAGUUCCAUGCUUUAUGGAUACAAUCUGGCCGUGGUCAACUCUCCAGCUAUGUACAUCAAGAGCUUCUACAACAAGACCGCCUUGAGCCGCAAUGGAAAAGGACUCAGUGGGGAGACGCUGACACUCAUGUAUUCACUCACAGUGUCCAUUUUCGCCAUCGGUGGUCUUCUUGGUUCCCUCAUUGUGGGUGUGCUGGUCACUCGCUUUGGCAGGAAAGGCACGGUGGUUAACACUACAGUGUUAGUUUUUAUUGCUAGUUCACUCAUGGGCUUUAGCAGAAGUUGUGGUUCACCUGAGAUGGUCAUACUGGGUCGUUUCAUCACAGGGAUUCAUUCAGGUAUCUCUUUAAGUGUAGUUCCCAUGUACCUGGGCGAGAUUGCACCCAAGAACCUGCGGGGCUUUUUGGGGUUGGUGCCAAGCAUCUUCAUCGGAAUUGGUGUCUUCACUGCCCAAAUCCUUGGAUUACAUGAACUUUUAGGAAAGGAAGAACACUGGCCUUUGUUCCUAUCUGUGCUAGUGGUACCCACAAUUAUCCAGUUGAUGCUGUUGCCAUGGUUCCCAGAGAGCCCCAGAUACCUGCUGAUUGAGAAGCACAAUGUCCACGCUACCAUCACAGCUCUCAAGUGGUACAGGGCCAAAUGUAACAUCCAGGCAGAGAUUGAGGAGAUGCAAGAAGAGCAGCGUUCCUUGUCAUCCACCAAAACGCUGUCAGUGUGGAAUCUGCUUCAUGACCAUACCGUUCGAUGGCAGGUCCUCACUGUGAUGGUCAUCAACAUUGGGAUGCAGCUGUCUGGCAUUGAUGCUAUCUGGUUCUACACCAAUGACAUAUUUGAGAACGCAGGAAUCCCUGUGCUGGAAAUACCGUAUACGACAGCAGGAACUGGAGUAAUAGAGAUCAUUGCUGGACUCAUUGGGUGUUUCACCAUAGAGAAGCUGGGGAGGAAGCCUCUUAUGAUUGGCGGUUUUACCAUGAUGGGUGUCUGCAGUGCUGGGAUCACCUUUUCCUUAAUUUUACAAAUUAAUUUACCUUUCAUGCGCUAUAUCAGCGUUGGCUGUGUGGUUGGUAUCAUCGCCGGCUUCUGUAUCGGCCCAGCUGGAGUUCCCUUCCUGGUCACAGCAGAACUCUUUAAACAAUCCCACCGUCCAGCAGCCUACAUUGUUGGAGGAUCCCUCAACUGGCUGUCCAACUUCACUGUGGGAUUUGUUUUCCCCUUCUUACAGAUGUCAGCGGGGUCCUACUGCUACUUGGUGUUUGCCAGCAUUUGUCUAUCUGUGGCCGUCUACGUCUACGCUGUCAUACCUGAAACCAAAAACAAGACUUUCAUGGAGAUCAGCCAAUUGUUCGCCAAGAAAGAACCCGUUCUGGAGACGGAGUGCCUUCUCCUUGUGGACCAGAUGAAACUGAAUAAGAUGAACGGCUACGGAGUGCUAAAACCGGCAUCAUUGACGUUUGACAGCUCCUAAUCAGUACCGUAACAAAGCUACCAAACUACUAUAUCUGCAUACUGUAUUUGUGUCAAGCUGGAGGGUUCAUUUGUAUCCACUCAGGUUCAAAACACUGCUCACAAUACUCUGUGAUAUGUAGUUCUGCUAUAUAAAUGUGCGACCUUUUCAUCCAAUUUAGGAUAAUACAUGAGUUUUUUUGAAACCACUUUUUAAUGUUUUUCAGAAUACUGCACUCUUGUAUUGUAUGGCUGCCAAUACAGAUACAAAUGUGA